AUGACACAACGACGCACUUUAAAGGAUGAUUCUGAGGUAUAAAAACGUUUUUUAAAUAGUUAUAUGCAGUAUUUAUUAUAAUAUACGAGUUUUUGGUAUAAAUAUUAUCUUUUGUUUGUGUAACUUGGUAUUUGAACACAGAUAAAGUUGUGAUGUGUUUAUUUCAGGUCCUUAUACAUUUAUUAUUCUUUUUUAACAAUUAUUUAUUUGGUUCAAUAUUAACAAUCGUUUUAGCUUAUCGAAAAGGUAAAAAGUCACUUCAAUCAGUUGGAAUCUCGGAUACGACAAGUUGAUGAAUCAACUAAAGAUUUAUAUUAUGAUACGGAGUUGUUGUACAAUAGUUUGGAGGAUGCGAACAAUAGGAUCUUGUUGCUGAAGAACUUGAAAUAUGUAAAAGAAGUAAGUUUAGUUUUGUUUGUUUUUUGGUUUUUAGGUAACACAUUGACUAUGAAUCAUACUUUAGCUGCUUUUGGAGUUAAUAUCUGACUUCUAAUCAUGCUGUUGCGUUUUUUUUAUUAAGUUAGACGUUUCUAAACAAAAUAUGAGACUAAGACAUAUUAUAGCAGCUUUUUUCGCCACUUUAAUUUUUAAAAAUCUUUUUUAGGUAAUAGUAGACAAUGUAGUUGACCACAGAUCUAUUAGAAGUCAAACUACACAGCCUUCAGUACGUUUAGAUGAUAAAGAGAGAGCGCAAAGAAUGGUUUCAACUUUAAAAUCAACCGCUUUAAAAGGGUUGGUUUUAGUUAACGAGAGAUAUAAAGAAGUCGAGAUACCUCAAUUUGAAGGAACAUCUACUGACUUGCUUCCCAAACGAGUAUUUGAACCUGUAAACCCUUAUUUAUUACGGGAUUUGCCUCCAGUGAUUGGUACUGAUGAGUUUUCAAGCUGGGACUAUGAUAAGAACCUAGAAAGAGAUGAUGCUGAUGAAUUUAGCGAAGUUGUGGUUAAGAAAAGUGAAGUUGUUGGUCCAAGGUAAGGGAGUAAUUGGUUUGUUUAUUUUUUUGUUGGUUUUAUACUCGAUUCUUUUUACUGUUGCAUAGAUAUAGUUGAUCACAGGUUUAUCAUAGAGCUUUUAAUGAUUACAACUAUUGAAACUUUAAUAAGGCAACGUAUGGAUUGUUUAAUUUCUGGAGGUUUGUAAUUUGUUCACGAUAAUUUUUUUAGGAUUCAAAAUGUCGAAGCAGGUAUUCCUCAAAGUUUAUCAAUGAUACCUUCAUCAUCUCCAAUACCUCCACCACCAUCUGCUCCACCUACCUCAUCUACUAGCAAUAUUCAAGGGGUUCCUACUACUAAUAAGGCUAAUGACUACAAAUACGAUGAAAGGAUUCUGUUUGAUGACGAAGAUGAUGAGUAGGUUAUUUAUGAUCAAUUUGGGUGGUAAUCUUAAAUUUUCUUGAAUUUGUCUGUUUAGAUGAAAAUUAUUUAUUAUCAGUUAUUAAAAAUGAAUUGAAGUUUCGCGAAAUACGUGUUGGUGACGUCAACUAAUGACUCAAUGUGACAAAAAUCCUAUUUAAAAAUUUGGUAACAAAUAAUUACGUUUUUUUUCAGAGACCAAGGUGCUUCGGAUAUAGUAACAUCAACUCCGGCUGUUCAGCAAGAGACAGCACAACCUCAAAAUAAUGUUAAGGACGAAAUAGAGAAGUUGUUUAAGAUACGGAAUACUAGUGUAACGUAAGUACUUGAUUGCAUGGAAUAUUUUCAACGCGUAAUUUAUCUUGCAACAUAAGUACAGCUUGUAUACUAAAUGGUAAGUCAAAACUAUUGUUACAGGCCUUCUGCAAUCAAAGAAGAAGCUAAUACUUUGGCGAACGAAAUCAAGGGGACUACUGCUGUUAAUGGCAUAAACGUUGAAAAGAAAGAAGGUAUCAAUGAUGAGUUUAUUAAUGAUGAUGAAGGGUUUUUUAAAGAGCCUGUUCAACAAGUAAAGAAAGUACAACAAUACAAUGAAAAGAAAAUUAAAGAAGAUAUUGUGGCCAAACAAGAAAUUAAGGGAAAGGUUGAUGUUGUUAUAUCAAAGAAAGUUGCUGCAAAACCUAAGAGUUCUAUUGUAAGUUUUUGAUCAGAAAGGUGAAGUUACUUUUUUUAUUUUGUUGAGUUUACUUUUUUAUCUAAAGUUGUUAUUGUUUAGCUAUUUUAUUUUUUUUGUAUUAUGAUUUGACUCAUGAUUAUAAAAACUAUUUUUUAAAUUUAAAAUGCUGGAAUAUUUUGAUUUCUUCAUAAAAUCACUGAUUUUAGUUCUCCGACUCUGACGAUUCAUUUGACGAAGUCUUUAACGUGAAGCCUAAGCAAAACACCCCAUCAGUUCUAAAUCCUGAUAAACCAAGCUCAAAGCUAAACCAAAAUGGACUUAAACUACCACAAUCAUCUUCUCAACCCCAUCAACCUUCAUUAACAUCGCAACAACCUUCUUCUGGAGCCAAAAAACCUUCUCCUCGCAUCGCCGAGCCAGCGACGUCGCGAGAUAAGACGUCGCCACGUCAAACCGAGCCAAAGGCAUCGAAUCCGAUUCAAACGCCGGCAAAUGAACGGAAAUCGGAGCCGCGGAAGAAAGUCACGUCAAAGGUGGGGGAUUUGUUCGAAAAUAUAUUUGUUUUACUUUUUUUAAUGGUCUUGUUCAGCUGGUUUUUAUAUUUCCGACCCCCUCACUCGAUGUUUGGGGGUUAACUCUCCCCUCACUCGAUGUUUAGGGGUUAAAGAGGCAAGCCACCCUCAUCAUCAUUUCAAAUAUACGCAACUUUUCAAAGUAUUUUGACUUGACUUGGGAAGAAUUUUUGACUUAACUUCAGCUAUUAGAGUCUUACCUAAACUUCCACUAGGGUCGGGUUUGGAAGGAGGCUAAGAGGAUUCCUUAUUUUUUUGAAAGAAUUUGGAGUGGGAUGGGGGAGGAUAUUGGCAUAGAUAACUGAAGAGGAAAGGGGCUAUUUUAAUUUGAGGGGGGGGGGGAUUAAAAACAUUUUUGAGACAUUACUACCUCUCUUCUGCUUUUUGUUUCACGGCUGGUUUUAGGACUUAAUUUUGAAACUUUCUAUGAAAUUAUUAGCCAAACUAGCCUACCAACCCAUAAUUUUUGAAAUGGAUUCAAAAUCCACCUGCCCUUUUUAUUUCUCCGCCUUUCGAACAACAAAAACACUGAUUUUCCUCAUGUUAUCCUAUGUUGUCCGUCAUUUCGUUCGAUGUUAUCCCACGCUGUGUCAAAUCACAUGGCCAAACCUUCCAUGAUGAUGGAUGCGGAAAGAUAAAAAAUAUAAACCAGCCGGUUUGCUCUAAUGAGGGGAAAGACAAAGGCCGUCACCUGAUCUGUUUUUCCCACUUGGAAACCCAAUAUUAUCCACGUACCGCCCGAGUUACAGUUAAUUUGAGUUUGCUUUUCGUUAAUGGGGAAUCGUGGUUUUCAUAUGAGAAGAUGACAAUUCACGGUUGUCGAGGGGUUAAUGAAGCGAUGGGAUUGUAUAGAGAGUGUAUAGAUAUAUAUUGUUCAAGGGCUUGUCAUUCAACGUGUUUUUUAUUAUUUUAUGUAUGAUUUUAAGGGUUUUUAAGGCUGUUUUUCAUUUUUUUACAUUAAAGACUGAAAGACAAGUGUGUAAAAUUUUAUUUUUUCAUAUAUUUUGACCAAGAAGUUGAACUUUUUUAACUUUUUUAUCUAAAUUAAAGCCGAAAAAACUUUUAAAAGUACGUAAAAUACGUUCUUGUAGCAAUCUUAUAAGUAAAUAUAUAAUAACUGACCAAAUUGUAAGAAAUAAACCAAAACUUUAAGACCAUGUCUUUAAUGAGUGUAAUCCUGCCCUUCCGGCGCUCAUCCCCUCCUAUGUUUUGCUUAAUGGCUUGUCGCCGCGCCCUUAAUCCCAGUCCACUUUAAUCGCCGAAAUGUUUAUUUAUUUAUUAUGAUGGCUUUGAGCAGAGCCCGCAUCCUCCCUCAUAAACAUAAUGACCACGAUCAUUGUCUCAUUCUCAAUUUUAAGUUAGUUCUCGAAGUUUCAAUUCUUGAGAUUCGUAUUGUUUGGCCAAAUAUUGUAUCAUAAGUGCUAGAUUGUGAAGGAGAAGAGUUAUACGAUGUUACUAUACGAUGUGGUAGUUCUUUUAAGAACGUUUAAGCCAAUCUAGGUAUAAGUUUAUCUUUUCCUCUUUCUCAAACUUUGUCCCAUUCUCCAAGCCUGAGAGUUUGUUUCCAAUUCUCGAAUUCGAAAAGUGUUCAGUCUCAAUUCUCGGAUGCGAUCACUUUCUCCGAUCUGCCUCUUUAAAACUUUUGAUAUCAAAUGAUUUAUUCUAAAACGGCCGAAAAGGUGUUACGGAUCGAAAUUCAAAGUUUUGAAAGGUUUCGAGUGGCUUGAUCGAGUGAAAAUGUCAUUAUCUUUUGAGUUUAAACUCAAAUGAAGUUUCGAUUUGAAAGUUUCCGUGAAAGUUCGGAUAAAUAGUUAACAAUGCUAAGUUGGAAGGUGAUUUCUUUGGGUUUUCUGAUAACUUUUCGUCAAACUAAUCAAAAAUCUUAUCAAUAUUAUACAAGAGUUUUAAAAUAAUUACCUUGAUCAAAGCCUAGGCUAAUUGCCAAAGACCUUAUUUUAUAAGUUACUAAGGCUCGACCCAUCCCGUUAUUCAUGUCUAAUCAAAACAUUGAUAAUUGACAUGAAAGAAAGAGUUGACUCAUUAUUAUUGUGUGAGACAUCUUGACACUUUCUAAACCGCUCUCAAUUUUGUUUCAUUUUUCAAAUCUUUCAUAAAUAUAUGAAUGUAAAUAAGACUUUUGUCAAACUUUUUUUGUUUAUCUUGUCUAUAACACGUUGCAGGAUUCGAAAAUUUGUUUUUAUUUAAAGGUAUUGCAAUAUAUUGAGAUAAAACCAAAGAAAUUGAAGGUUUUUUGAUGUUUAUGGCCAGGUUUACCUUGUUCAAGUGAAGAUAAUUUGUUUAUAUUGUAGUAGUUUAAUUUAGAAAGCAUUUUCUAUAUAUUCUUCACAUUAAUAUAGAGCUUGUUUAUGAUAAAAGCAACCAUUUCCGUGUUAAAAAUAACUUUCUUCUAUGUUAACAUCGAAAACAGGUAGUUAUUGUUGGUUUUGGGUCCGAACACCUCUUUAUUCAGGUUUUAAAAUUAGGUCAUGACUGUUCUUGAGGUGGUUUUUACUCCGGAAACAAUGACACAGCUCAUGUAGAGGUCCAAUUGCUCUCCCGCUUUGCGUUACUUUGUUUUAUAUACGUGGGGAAUUUUAAUAGGGGAAUUUUUGUUAUUUAUGGAAACCCCUGACGUGAAAAUUAUUUUUUAUGGGGUUCAUCUUAUAAAGGGCUAUAAAAACAUAGUUUGAAAUGCUAAUUUGGUUUUUAUUCUUCCUUUUUGAUUGGAAAGGUUUCUGAACGAUCUGCACGGUGCAAAGCUGAUAAUGUCUUUUUUGCACUGUGCGGGCUUUCUGACGGUUUUUUUUUGUAAAAUACGCAGAUUGGAUUAACUGAAUUUUUGCAAUGUAAAAAAUGUUUGACAUUUCUUUGAUUAACUCUGUUAAAAUGUUAAUUUCAGGUCCGAUCGUUGUUUGACAGCAGCAGUUCAGACGAAGAACUCUUUACCAAAUCAACUUCAACCUUUAAAACUAUUGUCCAGAAGCCAACAAAGUUAUUCUCGGAUUCAGAAGAGGAGUUAGUAGUAUCGAAUAAGCGUGAGGAUCCAGAGGAAAAGCACGUUGAUUUGAAGAAAAGUGAAAGUUUAGAAGAAGGAGAAGUUAAGAAAGAUUCUGAAGAGGAAAACGCUAAUAAAGAUUCAGAAGACGAAUUUGGGUCGCAUAAGGAAGCAGAAGACGUUGAAGUUGAAUCAAAUCAGGGUUCAGAAGACGAAGAAAUGCCAAAAGCUGUUUUAAAUUCAGUGCCAAAUGACUUUUCCAACAGGUUAAAUGCUGCUUUGUUGAGAAAGCCGCCUCAACCGGUAUGUUUUGUCUUGUUUGUGGUAUUUUACGUAACAAAUUUAUAGGUUUUCAAAGUUUGGGUAUCAAAAUUGAUUUUAAACUGCAUUUGCAACGAAAUUUUGUUUUGUUUUAUUACUUUCAAGACGUUUUAAGUUCAAAAAGAACAAACAUAUGGUGUUCAACUAAGGUUUGUUUGUUUUUAUUGAAGGAUAACAUGUUUUUUUGAAUCUAAGUUUGAACAUGAGGUUUAGUAAAACAAAGUGGUGUUACAGACAUUAAAUCUGUUAAAAUAAAUUUUUAAAAAAUUUUAGGUAACAACUUAGGAUGUUAACACUAUUUUUGAUGAAAUUAAUAAAUUUAGCUAUUUUUAAGUUUCUAAUUUUCAGGCAUUCAUACCAAAACUAAAAGACCCAGAAGAAGUGUCAGUAAAGUCGACAUCCUCAGCCGGCUCCCAGAAGGCAUCAGUAGUCGAUAGUGGACCAAACAAAAGUGUAUCAGCAUUAAGAAAUCAGCUCGGAGACUCUUUGACCAAAAUUCAUGGAGCCAAAUUGGGGGUGAAAACGGAAGAAAAGAAGGAUUCUAUUCCGUCACGAUCUCCAACACCUCCACAGUUACCGUCGCCGGCAGUUUCACAGCCUCAGGGUCAAAUGAACUUCAGUGCUGUUAAGGUAAGGUUAUGUGGGUAAUGUUAGCGGGUGUGGAAGUUUAGGUAACAAAAAUAAAAAUUGUUUUGGAUGAUGAAUCAUGAUAUUUUAAGGAUUUUAGAUACUAAAGAUGGCUGUUUUUAUUAUAUUUUCAGUUUGAAAAUGCAUUUUUUUUAAUUUUUGAAAAAUUUGUGUUGUCAAUAGUUCAUUUAUUGAUUCUUGCAUUCUAGGCUCGUCCACGAGGUCCAGCAGGCCGAAGACCGACUUCUCAAGCUGUUCCACCACCUCAGCCUUCUUCAACAACAGCACAGAAGCCUCCCACAGCUACGACACCUUCAAAACCCACACCUUCAUCUCUGGCUUCAGAAGCGGCAAAGAAAUCUUCAGAAUCUCCAAAAAAGCCGGCUGAAGUCACGAAGAAGACAUCAGAAUCCAAAAAACAAGUGAAAAGCUUGUUCGAGUCAGAUUCAGAUGAUCCAUUUUAG